ACGUGGCUCGCCGCUUCCUGGACCACGUGGGGUGCGAAUGCGGGCGGAAGCGAUGGGGGCCUCUGGCGCUGCCGGAGUUACCGCUACGUCUAGAUCGGCUCUCGCCUUUGAGCUGAAGGUACCUUUCCCAUCAUCAUCUCUGGCUCAGAUUGCACUGGGUUCCUUGUCUCCAGACCCUGAGCCUCGCAAGGGAGGGAUCACUAAAGAACUGACUGUGACAGAGGAUACCUUGCACGUGCGCUGGAGAGCAGAUGAAGCUCGAAUCUUGCGUGUCUCCAUCAACUCUUUUCUGGAGCAUCUCUCAUUGGUGGUGGAGACCAUGGACUUGUUUGGCCCUCCGAUGGCUUGACCUAGGCAGUGGAAACCAGCAGGCUUCCUCUUAGUCUUGACUGGACUCUGGACUAGUUCCACUAGCUGCUGAUGUCGAAGAAAGCACUAGGCAAACAUUCCUGGGAACCAAGAUGAUGGAUGGAGGUGCAUGUUGCCCUUUGACACUUUGGACAUUGGCAUUCUGCUGGAAACCCAGAAGCAAAUGAGGCAUAAGAGAAGUGUACAGAAUCUGCCAUUUCCCUGUGUUAUCAGAUACACUUUGUCAUCUCUGCAUUCGCUGAUUCAAUAUGCUUGAACCAGCUUAGCUGUAUUGGUGAUCAAUUGUAUCUACAUAAGCCAAAGCUUAACAGAAAAGCUCUUAGAGGUUUCUGAAUGAAGACGAUGAGGUCGCAGAGUGUGAGAGAAUUCUGAUGCUCAGUGCUUAGAAAAGGGGAAGCCAUCUGUUAUCCAGAAAUAGGAACAGGAAAAACACAUAUUCUUCUGUUCAGAUUUGUCAAGCAAUGCUUGUGAGUUUGUGACGAGUGACUUUUAAGCUAAAUGAAUCUGACAGAUCUCUCUUCCAUUCAUCUCAUUUUAUAGGUCUGGUUUGAAAUGUUCUUUGAAAAAUGUAAUCAAUUUCUCCAGAUUCAGGCAGGGGGGAAAAUCCAGUAGAAGAUCCAGGCCUAGCUGAGAAUGUGUUACCUCAGUUAGCUCUCUGCUCCUCAUUUAUUACAUGGAAGUUUGCUCAAGGUCACACUCCUUUUAAUGUUUGUAGUCUUUAAAAUGAAUAAACACAACUUAACUUACAACCUAGUAUUACGCACAGUUAUGGAUUGUUACACAGAAGUAAUUCUUGCCGCUUUCAGCAUUUGGAAUUAAAGCCAAAAUGGAAUUGCUUACAACUUACAUUCUCUUAUGUGUUUGUAUUUGCUACAAGCAAUGUAGCAAGAUGGAAUUUGUAGUCUUAAAGUUGUAGAAUCCUGACUGAGCUGGUUUAAUGUGAACAGGUUUUUCCAAGAAAGUAUCAAAAGAAUACAGCACAAGGAACUGUUUUGACAAAUACCGGUAUGCAGAUUUUAAAAAUAAAUACUCUUUGUUUUUGA